AUAACCUCGCCUUAGUCUUGCACACCCAGGCACCUCCUUCACUACAGUCGCGAAGAAAUCCGAAGACCACGGAAACCUCAACUCACCAAAAUGAUCGUCCCUAUCCGAUGCUUUUCUUGUGGCAAGGUCACUGGCGACCUCUGGGAGAAGUACAUGAACCUACUGAGUGAUGGCGCCGAAGAAGCCGAUGCCCUUGACGCCGUCGGCCUACAGCGCUACUGCUGCCGCCGUAUGAUUCUCACCCACGUUGAUCUCAUUGAGAAGCUCCUUAAGUACAACGCCAGCGAAAGAGAACAAGCCCGCGCUGCCCGAGGCGGUCGAUGAUUGCAGUUUUGGAUACGAACAACACGGAGUUUGGGGACAGGCAUACAUUUACAUGGCAAGGCGUUUUCAGGUGGAGAAUAUGGUGUCCCGAGGGGCCUUGUCUAAGCUCUGAGGUCACCUUUCCUUCAUGACUCUACGAGUCAGACUACCAAUUUGGGUUAUUACACUAUGCGCGAGAGUUAUAAAAUGAACGUGUAUGACAAAUUACAGCGUGAAGAAAAGAUGAGUG